CUAGAGAGUACAGGUAGAGGAUACAUGGUAUGCAGCAUAGAGGGUACCAAUCAGAAUCACAACUCAGAUUCAGCAAUUCAACUCUACGUCUGAAAGUCUCAUCUCUCUCUAACUAAGGGAGAGAGAGAAUGGAUACUGUGUUUUCCGUGGACGACAUUGCCGACCAGUUAUGGUCAUCGCCGCCACAGAUGCGGUUAUCUCAUGACUUGGAUUCAUCCACCAUUUCGUCCUCUAAAAUGAUGAACAGGAGCUCGUCGGAGUGGGCUUUUCAGCGUUUCCUUCAGGAGGCCGCAGCCGCUGACACUACUUCCUCGUCUUCUUCGCAGCAGAUCAAGGAUCAGAAGCUUAAUCAUAAUUUAAUUGCCGAUCAAUCGAAGCCUAUGUCUAAUACAGCAUCGUUUGGCUCUGAACCUCCUCCGAAUAUUACGAUUGAUUCCGAUGAGUACCAGGCUUUCCUCAAAAGACGCCUGGAUUUGGCAUGUGCCGCCUUCGCUUUGAAUCGUGCAAGCUAUGUAAAAUCUCAAGAUUCCGCUUCUUUGCCACCCGAAAAAGGAUCACUGGCAGCUAAUGCAUCACUCUCUGGAUCUCAGGUUCCUCCCAAAGGAUCUGGGCAAGAAUUGGCAAAAGUUCAAGAUAAGGAUGCUGGUGAGCCAAUUGGAAUACCUCCCUUGCCUGCAGUGCAGAAGAAACCUGGUAUCCAGGUAAGGUCAACAACAAGCGGUUCAUCCGGGGAGCAAUCAGAUGAUGAUGAAGCUGAAGGAGAAGCAGAAACAACUCAAUCAACGGAUCCAACUGAUGUGAAACGUGUGAGGAGAAUGCUAUCCAAUAGAGAAUCAGCUAGACGCUCGAGAAGAAGAAAACAGGCCCAUCUGACAGAACUAGAGACGCAGGUCUCUCAAGUAAGAGUAGAAAACUCCUCUUUAUUGAAACGCUUGACUGACAUAAGCCAGAAAUACAAUGAUGCAGCAGUUGACAAUCGAGUAUUAAAAGCAGAUGUUGAGACAUUGAGAGCAAAGGUGAAGAUGGCUGAAGAAACUGUUAAAAGAGUUACUGGGUUGAAUCCUCUAUUCCAAGCUAUGUCUGAGAUAUCGACAAUAAUGAUGCCAUCUUUCACUGGUAGUCCUUUCGACUCAUCAGCAGACACUGCUGUUCCUGAACAUGAUGACCUGAAACAUCACUACUAUCCAGCCCCUGAAAAUGGCCAUAUGCCCAACCAUGAUUCUAGAAUGCAAAAUGGUAUGUUAGAUAUCCCUCCUAUAGGAAAUGUACAUCAGAACUCUGCAACAGAAGCAAUCGAGGCCAACAAGAUUGGCAGAACAUCUUCAAUGCAGCGAGUGGCUAGCUUGGAGCAUCUGCAGAAGCGCAUCCGUGGAGAAGCAAGUACUUGUGGAACCCAAGGCAGGGGAGAGCAAUAGAGUGACCUAAUGAGGAAAAAAGUUAACUACAAGGAAGGUUUCACAGAGAUCUGUAAAUCUUACAUAUCAUAUUACUUUAAAAUAAUAUAUCUUCUUAGCAUAUCGGGUCUGUCUGAAGAAAAAAAAGCCAAAAAAAGGAGAAGACUAUGCAAUGUACCAAUGCCUUUUCGGUUAGACUUAUAUUAAUUUAAUUAUCUGGUUGCUGGCCA